GUGCGUAGAUGUUUUAACUCUACCUUUAUUUUUCAUUAGCUUUAUUACAUGAACUUCUCCGGUAGUGGAUGAAUAUGCAGCACGCUCAUCUUGUAGGUUUUUGGGGAAUUUACUGUCAGCCGUGCAACUUGUUUCCAGAUGAGAUGAGAUGAGACGAGACGAGAGCAUGUGUGUGGACCAAGGACCAGUGAUCAUGCCUAGACACAGCAAGCACAGAUGUAAUACAGCUUAACCAAGGCAAGCUUAUUAAGAGUCAGAGAGUUGGAGGUAUGAGAUCCCACAAGGCCCAAACCCAGGCUUCAGCCUCGUCAUGCUGUCGGCGCUUGCCAUGCUUCAAUCUGAGCUCCAGGAAGAAAAAAGCAGGGGUAGUCCAGGGUAAAGUGCGCAUCCGCUCCAUGCCUGGGGCAUUCCUCAUGCUGGGAAUGAUAGUAGUGAUUGUUGGAACAACCCUGGCAGUGGUGGGGUAUUGGCCAUACCGUGUGCAACGAUCAGCAGGAGGUUCAGUGAGUAAGAACCUAUCUCAAGGAUCUAACUGGGGCCUUGGAGCCAAAGGUUUGUUCUCAACAGCGAGUCUGAUUCACACAGACAGGAUGAAACUACUAGGUCCUGUUAUUAUGGGAGUGGGACUAUUUAUUCUCAUCUGCGCUAACACAGUACUAUACGAGAAUCGAGACAAAGAGACUCAAAUUCUGCUGUCUGAGAUGCAGAGUGUGAUGCGUACCAUGUCUACUGUGCCCUCAGCAGACUUCACCCAUGUGAACUCACUCAUCCGGCACUACCCGUGGCUCGGCAGCCUGCCUGCAGCCCACUUGAACUUCUUGUGCCUUAAAGGACUGGCCUCGUCUGAUCCAUUGCUUCAGGCCAGGACCACAAAAGAAGAGACUGUUUCACUUCAGAGAGAGGUGAUGCACACUGAGGUCCUCCAUCAUCAACAGUCUUUAUUCGUCUCCUCUAUUCGUUUAUCAGAUUCCUACAACGCCAUCAAAGAUGAAAUCAGCAUUUCCCUGGACGUAGAAAAUGGAGAAGUCUCUGGCCACCAGACCCAACCAGAGAGUCACUGUGACCUGACUUCAUCUUUUAUGUCUAUCCCAGAGGGAGAGGACUGGGAGUUAAGCACUGUCCCUCCGAGGCGUUCCUGUAGUAUGAGUUAUAGAACUAAUUCACACUUGUUCCCCAAGCCCUUGGUUCAUUUGGAGGAAAGGGCAGGGCAGAACACAAGGUGCCUUGAACAGUUAUGUGUGUCGGAGGUAUGUGUCAAUCAGCCAAGGAUGAGCACAAAUACUCUGUACUUGGACUUUACACCUAUACAGUGUCAGAAGCAUCACAGUUGGCCUUGACCAGAUCUUGGAUUUAGGAUGCAUCGCAAACCACCCAGUCAUCUAAAAAGGGUUUUCAGUUUGGGACUGAAUAAUCUUGUGCCCAAUCUUAGCCAAAACAGAGUAAAAAAUGAUAUGCUAUGGUCAGCACUGUCAGAAUUGUAAUCUAUUACAGUAUCUAAAAACGAACCUGUUGGAUAAAUUAACAUUCCAUUGUAUUGAAAAGGAAAUUCUGCACUGUGUAGCCAAAUACUGUAGGACAUGACAAGUAAUCCCUGUUUCUGUGUUCAUGACAGGGACUCACUUCGUCAUCGCAGCCAAACCUUUGCUUCUUUCCAGGACAUUUUAAUUCACAUAGAGCGCAGUCUAUACUGCAUCCCCAACAGGUGGUACUUUUAGUCUCUAGUACCCAGUGAAAUAUUCUGAGGAUGUUUUCAUGUCUACAAACUUCUGUAAGUCGCUCUGGAUAAGAAGGUCUGCUGAAUGUCCUAAAUGUAAAUCUAUCCGUUUAAAGAUUAUUGAUAUGAUAUGAAAAAGGGCUUUCCAUGAAUGUGUGUGUGUGUGUGUGUGUGUGUGUGUGUGUGUGUGUGCAGACAUCAGUGUUAUAAAUAUCUACAGGACUCUUUAUCUAAACAAAGACCAGGAGGAAAAUGAUAUGUUUUGGUUCACUGUCAGGUUGUCUAUCGAGAACAUCUCCACCUCAUACGGUUCCAGUGACUGCAGCAUUCAUGACCUGAACCUUCUAUAUCUACCUCUCUCCCUAGUCUACAAGGCAGCAGAAAAAGAGAAAAAAACAUUCAUUUAUUAUGUUAUAUGUACAUUACUUUUAAUAGGUUAAUAGUUUUUGGGCUACUUUAAGAUGAUUGCUGUUAUUGCAUGCAGUGAUGUACUGUAGGGGUAAUCAAUACAUUUUUCCUGCAGUAGGCGGAGCUUGACUAAACUCGCCUCAUGUCACUGUCUGUUAUGUGUGUGUGUUCUGUAUGCUGCAUGGGUGUGUUGUGAAUAAAUCAGCAUCUGUGUUCUGAUGGAUGGAACCUGUACACUAAUAACUAACUGGAAUUUAUAACUGUGUCCCAAAUAAAGGCAAUAACAGAGGGAAGUUCUUACUUAUGUUCUCUAUAUAUACCAGUUAGCCAUAACAUUACAAUGCAAUCAUGAUGCCCAGUAUUGUGCCACCAGGGCAGCUCUGGUCCCACUGGGGGUGUUUCAGUUCUGGUGCGUUUCUGUCAUCGCCAACAUUGACCUUCUUCAUAGAUUUGCAGCCUUUUCUGUGAGAUCGGACCAGACGGGCUGGCCAUGGGUGAACCUUGGGGGCCCGUGAUACUGUCACCAGUGUAGUAGAAAAUAAUUGAAAAGGUGUUAUUUGUUAUGGCUGAUUAGUGUUUAUACAGUAUAUAUUUUUAUAAUUGUGACUUGGUACGAGUGUUAAAAGUCAGGCAUGAUGAUGAUGAUGAUG